UUAAGAUUCUAUCAAAUUCUUGUCCAAAAUUCUCAUAAUUAUACUCUGUUUCCCUUCUACUGAUAUCGAUCAUGGCGGCCUACGCAGCCUUGGUUUCUCUAAUACAUAUCAUAGACGACCUCGAGCGCCACCCUUCCCCUCCGAUGUCUCUCAACAAACAACAAGUUCAAUCCCUCACUGAAAAUGUCACGUUCUUGCAGGAGUUUCUCGAAGCUUAUAUCUCUCCUGUUUCCGACGACGCAGAUCCCUUGGAGAUGCGUAUUGCAGAUGCAGCUUAUGCAGCUGAAGACGCCAUCAAAUCUCAUAUCGUGGCCAAGAUUCAGCUGAGCAGAUCCAGAGAAGCUUAUAACUCUCCUGUUUCCGACGAAGCAGAUCCAGAGGAUCCGAAAACUGUCUCAUCAAAUCAUGAUGAUGGUGAUGAAGAGAUGAACUUGUUUCAAGAUGUGCAAAAUGUGAUACAGGAAAUGGAUCAGAUCAAGAGUUUGGCGAUGCAGAGGAAUACAGAGAAGGUGGUGCUCCAUGAUACGCGGCUUAGCUUCGUCUCUGCUUCUUCUUCCAAUGAGAAGAACAAUAGUGGCAUGGUGGUGUGGUCCGAGGGUGUCGUGAUUGGAAUCUUGGAAAGGCUCGUUUCGGACCAACGUGAGCGCCAAGUCAUCCCGAUCACAGGAAUGGGCGGGAUAGUUGAGAAAGAUAACCUUGAUUGGUUGGAGGCUUUCUUCGAGUGAUACGACGACCAUUGGUUCAUUACCGUAUCAAAUUUGAGGUAUUGGGGUACUGAAGCUAGCCACUUCAUCAGUGUCAUGGUCUAUAUGAGAUUCCAAGUGAAAUUGGAGACAUUCCAACACUUAAAUUGAUUGAGGUUGACGCUAAGUGGCCCGAAGAUCUUUGGAGAUCUGCAAUAAGGGUAGGACAGAAACAACGAGAUUAUAGUUUUCAAGUUCGUGAGAAGCGCUCCUUACAAGCUGCUCUUCUGACAAUAUAGAUACGAUGUCUGCUCAUUUUCAGCUGCAAAGUUUUGAAUUGCCGUUGUUUAUGAUCAAAUACUCGACUGUUCAAAUUAAGAAGGCAAAGAGUUGAUGAAGAGAGCAGCAGGAGAUUCGCCCCGAACAGCCCAACACUUUGAUGAAGCUGCGCACGCGGUGGCGGUGGCAAUAAUGUAUAGCCGGAGAAGAGAGAUAGAGAAUGAGAGAGAAAGGGCUGGGCCUUUUGUUUUAUACUACGUAGGAGUAGUUUUUAUUGGGCUUUAGCCCACUAAACUUAUUCCUCAUCGUUUGUGAUUCCUGAAAACUACUACUUCCGUCUUAUGAAUCUUGAUGCAUAUUUUUUUUGAACCGUUC